CUUUGUUUUGGUUUAACAUGUUUUGAAAUUGAGUGUGGGUGGGUUGUUUACAAUGCGAUCUUUUUAAUUUAUCGACAGUUGUGCCAGAAGAAACUUUUUCGAAAUGUCAGCUGUAAACAGAAAAGGCAUUAGCAUUAUUUUCAAUCAGUUUCGUUUGUUCGGGAAACUUACGAACUCUGAUGUAGGAACUAGUGCUAGAUUUAAAUCUGUCAAGGCAGCAGUUCUUCGUGAAUUCAAGGAAAAUUUGGAUAUUAAGGAGAUACCGCUGAAAAAAUUGCGCAAGAACGAGGUUAGAGUUAAAGUUAGCUAUUGCAGUUUGAAUCAAUCAGACUUAUUGAUGUGUAAAGGAGAAUAUGAUUUCACACCAAAACUGCCAUUUGUUCCUGGUCAUGAAAUUUCGGGGGAGAUAAUUGAAGUUGGAUCUGAAGCAACAAAAGAAGGUUUUACCAAUGGUCAGAAAGUAAUAGGCCUUAGCAAGGACGACUAUGGAGGAUUAGCACAACAAAUCACAUUAUCAGCAACAGAUGUAUGGUUACUUCCACAAUCCAUAAAGCUACGCAAGGGCUGUGUUCUAGCUGAUGCAUAUGCUACAGCUUUGCUUGGGCUUACACGACGAGGCCGGCUGAAAGAGAAACAGUCUGUUCUAGUCACUGCUGCUUCUGGUGGGCUGGGAUUGGCUGCUGUGGAUGUUGCAGCUAAUGUUUAUCGAGCCAAGGUAAUUGCUGUGUGUGCAAGUGAGGAACAAGCGAGUUUACUUCGUGAAAGAGGAGCAUGGGCUGCCCUCACCUAUGACCCAAAAGAAGUGAUUAAGAAAGUAGAUGAAGUUACUGACGGUAGAGGUGUUGAUUUGGUGUUUGACGCAGUUGGUGGAAAAGUUUUUGAACAUGUUACUAAAUGUGUAGCCCAUGAAGGUACAGUCAUCCUGGCAGGUUUUGCAUCCAGAACUGUGCAACAAGUUGCUACUGGUAUUCUUUUACCAUGUUCUAUGAGUCUUGUUGGAAUCUCUCUGGGAUCAUACCGGAAAGCAGAUUUAGAAAUUUAUAGAACAACUGUCCAAGAUGCCAUAGACAUGUGUGAGCAGGGCUUAACAGCACCUGCAAUUUCCAAAAUAUUUCCCUUAGCAGAUGUCAAUUCAGCAUUUGAAUAUAUGGAGGGGCAUGAAACAACAGGCAAAGUGGUGGUGCAGUUAAAAGAUGAAGAUUGAGGUGCUGUCUCACUACUGUAAUGAGAGAUCUGUCUAUGUGAUCUGUGCUGUUUUCCUUGUAAAUAGUAAAAAGCUUACUAUCAUUUUGUAGAAAUGUUUCAGUUGCCUUUUUUUUAAAUUAAAAACCCUGUACUUUU